AUGGAGCGCCGGAAAGGCCUGUUUCGAUUAGCUCGUAGCGCGGCGGCUCGUCUCGUCGGGCCCCAUCUUGAUCGGCCGCCAGUUGCGCCGCUGUCUUGCGUGCCCUCUCGUUCCCCGCCCGGUGCUGCGAUCUCGUCCACGUCUGCCUACGUGACCUAUCAACCCUCGCCUUGUGCUCUCGAUGGCGGAGCAGUUCGCGAUUCGAGUGAUACGAGGGAUGCAAGAGCUACGACUGCUUCCCAUUCCCCCUCGGAGGAGGCGUUGCGGCGAUCCGUAGUUGCCAGUCGCGAGAUUUCCGCGAGUCAGACGCCACUCCCAUUCGCGAAGACGCGGGGUGCUGGGCUCAGUUUCGCGGGGACGGUAGCAGUUGCGCGGCUGACGCGGCUCGGAGCCGAGAGAGCCGUUGACGGCGGAGGCGGGAGCAGGUUCUCGCACAGCCGCGCGACUCGCCGCCGGGUCGCCUCCGUUCCUACGACGCCGUGCAACGAGGCGCCGUCACCCGCAUCACACGAGACAAGGCAAACCAGUUCAGCGGCUUGCGACGACCCGAUCGCGAGUCACGAUCCGUCGCCUGACGCAGAUGCGACGACGUCGCAUGACCCGCAAUCGUCGUACACCACGAUCGUCUCGAUCGACAAAGUCCCAACGGACCUGCUAGAUCUCUUCCGCGGGUGGGGGAUGGACGACCGCGAAGUGCGCCGCGUUUUACGCUCGCGCCCGGGGCUCGCGCGGAGCGGCAUGGCGGAGAAGAUCCUUCCGGGUGUGCGCGUGCUGUUUGCGUGCGGCGUGCCUCCGCGCGACAUGGCGCUCGGCGCGCUGUACGAUUCAGUGUGGCUCGGGCAACCCGCGGAAAAAAUAAAGGAGGUUGUGCGGUACCUCAAUGGGCUCGGGCUAGCCGACGGAGAGAGUAUCGGAAUGGUUUUGAGGAGAUUUCCGCGCGCUUUCGCGUUCGAUGUGACCACUCAGCUGCAGCCACGUGUCCAGAAGCUGUUGAACAUGGGGAUCAAGGACACGUCAUACAUCAUCAAAGCCUGCCCACGUCUGCUGCAAUUAUCAUCCGAACGGGUUCAGGAGAGAUUAGAUUUCCUUGCACAGGUGGCAGGCGAGGGCCACGUCAGCGCCAUCGUGCAACGCCAGCCGUACAUCCUCACCCAGCCAAUCUCGGAGCUCCAAUCCAAGCUCGACGCCUUCCAAUCAAUCCUAGGGUCAGAAACACUCGCACGGAAGAUCUUCCGGCAGAUCCGACGGCUGCCAGCGCACUCAGCGAGCACGAUGAUCUCCACCUUCCACACCCUCUGCACGAUCGUGGGCGGGCCGGAAAACGCCCAGCAGGUGGUCGAGAAACGCUCCAGCAUCCUCUCUACCAACUCCACCACCAUGCUCUCGAACUUCAACCACUGGCGAGCGCUGCUCCCACAACUCUCUCCACCCGAACUCUCCCACCUCUUCGUGCGGUACCCUGCGCUGCUGCACCUGAGCUGGAAGAGCAACAUCGCUCCCAAGGCGGAGUUCUUCCGGCGCGAGUUGGGGCUGUCGGAGGCGGCUGUUGUGGCGGUGCCGCUGGUGGCGUGCUAUAGCCUGGAGCAAAGGAUCAGGCCGAGGAUACAGCGCGUGAGGGAUGCGGGGGUUAGGGUUGUGGAGAGAGGUGGCGGGAUUGUGUGCCUGCCUCGGUGCGUGGUUGAUGGGGAGAGAGGGGGUUGUGGUGAUGGUGGGAGGGGUGCUUCAGAGGAAGAGAGAAUUGGUGGUGGGAGUAGAGGGGAUGAUGUGUGUGAGGGCAAGGGUGGCGCUGGUGCUGGCCAUAUAGGGAGGAAAACAGAGGAUUCCUUAUCAGGUGUGGGGGAGGAGGACAGGGAGGGGCUGGGUGCCAUGGCGCAGCUCCCUGUAGCCAUCGCCGUGAGCCUCGCGGGAGGCGUCGCGCUCCUCCUCCGCCGCCGCGGCCGGCGGAAGCGGGACGACGCGAUCCGCGAAUCAGCGGAGGAGGUCGCGGAGGCGGGGGAAGGCGGGGAGGGGGAAGGCGGAGAGGGGGAGUAUGGGGACCCGGCGGAAGACGACGAGGAGCUGGCGGAGGGGGGCGCGGGGGACGAGGCGGAGAUGGGGGAGGAGGGGGACGCGGGGGAAGCGGCGGAGGCAGCAGCGGGGUUGAAGCUGCUGAGGGAGGAGUUUGAAGCAGCCAUGUUCGAUGGGAAGGAGUUUGAUAUUGACUGGGAUGAGUUCCCCUACCACAUCAGCAACCACGCCAAGGAGCAUCUACUCGCGUCCUUCUUCGUGCAUCUCAAGCGCACCCGCCUUGCCAAGUUCGUCGCCUGCUUUCCCAACCUCAGCAACUGGAUUCUCCUCUCCGGACCUCACGGCAGCGAGGUGUAUCAGGACACGCUAGUGAGAGCCAUCGCCAGGAAGCUCAACGCGCGCCUCAUUGCUGUUGACGCUGACAAGUUCCUCUCCCCUGCGGACAUGUCAUCGGUGCCAAAGAGGAGGCCAGCAGCAGACAAGCCGCGCGACUCUCUUGACUCCGCAGGCCUCUCCGACUCGCUCGACUCGCCUCUCGUAAGCUCCUCUCCUCUCGGUGCCCCCCUCUCUGCCCCCCCUUUGCCCCCCUCCCUGGCCACUUCCCGCCCCCUUCCUCUCCCCUCCCUGCCUUGCCCCUCCCUGCCUUGCCCCUCCCUGCCUUGCCCCUCCCUGCCUUGCCCCUCCCUGCCUUGCCCCUCCCUGCCUUGCCCCUCCCUGCCUUGCCCCUCCCUGCCUUGCCCCUCCCUGCCUUGCCCCUCCCUGCCUUGCCCCUCCCUGCGUCGCCCCUCCCUGCAUCCCUCCCUGGUCCCUCCCUGGACCCUCCCUGUCCCGCCCUUCCCUGCCUUGGCCCGUCCCUCCACCCCCGCCCCUCCCCAUCCGUUUUUCCGCUCCAUUCCCCUUGUGCUGCUGUGUCUAGUCCUCGUCUCCCUUUUUUCGCGGCCCUUUUUCGUUGCUCCAAGCGCUCACCCCAUUCACACGCUGUCUACCAGAGUUGCCCCUUCCCUCCUCCCUUGUAGCAAGGCAUCUGUAAGCCCCCUCCCGCUUUCCAUCACCCCUCCCGCUUUCCAUCACCCCUCCCGCCCUUCCAUCACCCCUCCCGCCCUUCCAUCACCCCUCCCGCCCUUCCAUCACCCCUCCCGCCCUUCCAUCACCCCUCCCGCCCUUCCAUCACCCCUCCCGCCCUUCCAUCACCCCUCCCGCCCGUCCAUCACCCCUCCCGCCCUUCCAUCACCCCUCCCACCCUCCUCCGCAGUAUGCGAGUUUGGCGAAGCAUCUGGUGGCGAUGGCAGCAAUGAUGGCCGUCGGGGUGGCUGUGGGGUGUGCAACUUUUGA